AUGGCACGCGGUUCUCAGAACGGCGUGCCCCGAAUGAACUGUCACCCUCAAUACUAUCUUAAAGAUGGUAAUAUCACCUUCCACGUUGAAGGGACUCUAUUUCGUGUCCACCGACACUUCUUCGAACGCGAGUCGCAAUUCUUCUUGCAGGAAUUUGCAAAGGCUCCUCAGGGGGGAACUACUGAUACUAACGCGCUUCGACUCGAUGAAGUCACCGCCGCCGAUUUUACGAAAUUUUUAUGGGUCUGGUAUAGUCCACGCGGAAGCCUGAGUGAACCAAAAGAGCAUUGGCUCACCAUACUGGAGCUCUCGACAAGGUGGCAAUUCCUAGAUAUGCAGAAGCUCGCCAUCGAUGAGCUCGAGAAGCUCGACAUAGAACCCAUUGAGAAAAUCACUACGUACGACAAACACAAGAUCGAUAAAUUGCUUCUCUUGCCUGCAUACAAGCUUCUGUGCAAGCGGACGAGCCGAAUAACCUAUGAGGAGGGUGAGCAACUUAAGAUACCCACCCUCCUCAGGAUAUUCGAGGCUCGUGAGCGUGCGAGGAGCGCAGCGGAGGGCAGGCGCGCUGGCCUGACCUCCGCUGAUGCAGACGACGAGUUGGAGAGGAUUUUAAUCGAGGUGUUCGAACUCAACAGUCAUGCUACUAAUCAACAGGGCGCGCAGUCGCAGACAAAAUCAGACCCAACUUCGAAGCCGAAUGUGAAUGGAGCCGCCAAUGGCCAUAGGCCCUCCGGAUCAGGUUCCGUGAGUGAAAAAAUUUGCUCGAGACCGUAUGCCGUGGGGCUGAUUGUCAAAUAG